AUGUCAGUCACAGAGUCGCAGAAGUACUUGAGCUCCCGAGGAGGCUCCUACGGCUUUUCCUUUGAAGAAGUCGUUCUCAAGGGGCUUGCAUCUGAUGGAGGCCUCUUUAUCCCCGAGCAGAUCCCUUCGUUGCCUGCUGAUUGGGAGACAAAGUGGCGCAACUAUAGCUUCCAGGAGCUUGCAUUUGAGAUACUGUCAUUGUACAUCUCUCCCUCUGAAGUCCCGUCGGAUGACCUGAAGGAUAUCAUAGCCCGCAGCUACGGAACAUUCAGGUCCCCGGACAUCACACCUCUGGUUACACUAAACGAGCAGAAACGACUAUACCUCCUGGAGCUGUUUUGCGGACCAACCUUUGCCUUCAAAGAUGUUGCGCUGCAGUUCCUGGGGAAUCUGUUUGAAUACUUCCUCGUGAGGCGGAAUGAGGGUAAGACCGGCAAGGACCGUCAUCACCUUGUGGUCGUUGGAGCUACAAGUGGAGAUACUGGGUCAGCUGCCAUCUACGGGCUACGUGGGAAAAAAGAUGCCUCAGUCUUCAUCCUACAUCCAAAGGGAAAAGUGUCUCCCAUCCAAGAAGCUCAGAUGACGACUGUGCUGGAUCAAAACGUGCACAACAUCAGUGUCCAAGGCUCCUUUGAUGACUGCCAGGAUAUGGUCAAGGCCCUCUUCGCUGAUCCGGAGAUAAAUAGAACUCACAAGCUAGCGGCUGUGAACUCGAUAAAUUGGGCACGCAUCCUGGCUCAAAUCACCUACUACUUCCAGGCCUACUUCUCUCUUAUCCGAUCCCCCACUUAUGCCAAAGGAAAGCCUGUUCGCUUCGUUGUACCGUCAGGUAACUUUGGCGAUAUCUUGGCUGGGUGGUUUGCAAAGCAGAUGGGCCUCCCUGCCGAGAAGUUAGUUAUCGCGACAAACGAGAAUGACAUCCUUGAUAGAUUCUUGAAAACAGGUCAGUACACAAAACAAGCGCAAACAGAGGCACAGACGGGAUCCGCUGCCGUCAAGGAAACGUGGAGUCCGGCCAUGGAUAUUCUGGUAUCAAGUAACUUUGAACGGCUGCUUUGGUUCCUUGCAUUCCAAGUCUACGGACAAGGGGACGUCAACGAGAAACGGAAAACAACCGGCGACACUGUCCGAGGAUGGUUGCAGGAGUUAUCUAGCAAAGGGGGAUUCGGGGUUGACGGUAAGAUACUAGAAGCUGCUCAGCGAGAGUUUGAGAGCGAGCGGGUAUCUGACGAGCAAACAAUCGACACCAUUCGUUCGAUUUACUCCACCUGUUUCCCACCCGCCCCUGUCAGCGCUGGUACCAGAGGGGAGGCUGGCGGAUACAUUCUAGACCCCCAUUCAGCUAUUGGAGUUGCGGCUUCGCUGAGGUCGAUAUCCCGAUGCGCGGACACGUUCCACAUUUCACUGUCAACAGCACAUCCGGCCAAGUUUGCUGAAGCGGUGGAUGCAGCCCUCCGAAACGAAAAGGGGUAUUCGUUUGAUAAUGUGCUUCCCCCAGAGUUUGUUGGGUUAGAGAAAAAGGAACGCCGGGUCAUUUCCAUGCCGGCUGGAGCUACAUGGAAGUCCAUCGGCGAGGUUAUUAACGACAAAAUUGCCAUUUAG